AUGCAUCAUAUUGUUAAUCGUAAAUCAGUGCCCAACUCAACUUCCUCUCCUUCGUUGGUCAUGCCACCAACUUCCAAUAUCAAACGAUCUACUACAGGCACCAGCAUUUCUUCUUCCAAUUCAUCCAUCUCUGCCAACACCAUAUCAUCCAGCAAACGUAAUAAUUGGCACUUCACUCAUUGGUUCUCGCAUCCGCCUUUACCCAUGGUAUCCAAUACACCUAGCCCCUCUGCAUUGAAACGAGCUCGUGUCAUUCAGGAGUUGAUAGCAACAGAAAGAAAUUACCAGACUGAUAUGGAAUUGGUUAAGGAGGUGUAUUACGACGAAGCACAACAAGUGCUAUCAAAGAUAGAAAUGAAGCACAUCUUUAUUAACUUACUAGACAUUCUCUCUUUUGAAAAAGAGUUUGAAAUCGUGGCUUCUACUGCUGAAAACCACCCAGAUUAUGAACAAUUAAUCAUUGUCACACACGAAAUUCAACAAAUGGCAGAUCAUAUUAAUGAAAUGAAGCGAAGGAAAGAUAUGGUAGAACAGUUGAUUUGGAUCAAUAAGAAAUUCACAAGAAGAGUGCAUCGCAAGAAACAAACAUUGAGCACACAAGAUGCUUCCUUCGAUGACCUUUUUAAGCAGUUUGAAGCAAGGCAGGAAAUUGCCAAGCAAUUCGAACGAGGUGUACAAGAUUGGUUAGUAAAAAUUAAACAAAACGUACAUGCAUUAUCAGACGUUGUCAAUAGUCUAGAUGCAGUGUACGGGGAUUCCGAUGGUAUAGGCCUUAGAAGUAUGCGUGCAUUUAAGAAACUGGAAACACUUGUUCAAGAAGCAGUUUACAAUAGAAUAGAAUCAUAUUUAAAAUUAUUUAAAAAUCCAUCACACAUUAUUCAAAAACGAACUCGAAAAUUAAUGGAUUAUGAUCGAGCACGACAUUUAAUUAGUAAAGGAGAAGUGCCCGACAAACAGUUACAGAUAUCGGCAGAACAGUACAUUUCCUUAAAUGCUCACCUAUUGGACGAAUUACCCAUCUUUCUGUCUCUCACUGUUACCUAUUUCGAUAUUAUCAUUAGCGAAUUCGCUCGUGUACAAUCCAUUUAUUGGCGAAGAUCCAAGCUCGAAUGGAAAACACUCACCAUUGAACAACCCUUUGGUAAAGAACCUGUAUGGUCCACUAUCGAAGCCGACUACAAAGCAACUGUAAAACGUUUACAACCUCGUCUAAAUGAACUCGGCUCCAAACCAAGAGACAGUGGCUACUUUGUCACCCCUCCUCCUCCUCCUCCUGUAGAACAAGGACAGGCGAUAGUAGAAAAGAGACAAAAAUCAAAAUCCAACAACAAGAAGUAUGACAGUUUAUUUAGUGAAUCACAACCUAUAUUUCAAUGUACAGCACUAUUCGAUUAUAAAUCGCCUGAAGGGCUCAUAGUACGCGAGGGCGAUUUAAUACAGAUUUGGUUACCGACCCAUACCAUGCAUAAUAAUAGUGACACGGCCACCAUUUCCACCAACGCAUCUUCAACUGAAUGGUGGUAUGGCAACUUGACUAAGAAUCCCGAAGUGUAUGGUUGGUUGCCUUCAACCAUUUGUGAAAAAGUCUUGAAUUAA